AUGACACCAUCUAAUAAGCUGUAUGCGCUUGAGUACCUGGUGUACGCCAAUAAUCCGGGCGGAUUCGAUUUCGAAGGAAGUUCCGGAGCCGUGAACGUCGAGAUCACGUGCGGCGACUCCGUGUCCAACGUCAGAGAGACGCUGAUUGUGAACAUCAUCAAUACGGCACCGGUGAUUACUAAUCCUGGGGGCUCCAGUGACGUCGCCGACGACGUCAGCGGAACGUUGACGUUAAAGACGUUGGAUUUUGUUACUUUCGAUAAGUCUGAUGCCACCUGCUCAAUGACGAGCGCUGACGGAGGACCAUUCGCCGUCACUGGGUCCAGAGAUAACGAGUUUGCCGACGGCGUCAACUCUGAACGAGUGGCAGACUGCGAAAAAGCAACUCACGACGUUGACGUUAACGGAGGACUCGGGUCGCCCAUCACGAAACUUAGCCUCGUCGAUAAAGACCUCAGCACUACCGACACCGUGUUUACCGCAACCGGAAGUGACGUGGAAAACGAUAACGUCAUCUACAGUAUGCUGUCCUGUACCCCGAACGCCACGUGCCCGUUCAUGUCUCCGAUGGUAGCCACGGACAAGUAUAACAAGAAUCCGACACCGUACACCGUCAUUGUGGAAAUAACUGCUGGUGAAAUUCGCGCCAAGUCCGUGAUAAACUUCGAGAAGGUCAACAAACACUCGUACGAGAUCGAGAUUCACGCCUACGACGGCUACAGCAAUUCUACGACCGAGACAUUUACGCUGCUCAUAGUUGACGUCAACGAGAAACCGAGCUACUCGGGCGGGGUAAGGAGCUACUCGGGCGGGAUAAGGAGCUACUCGGACGGGGUAAUGAGCUACCGGUACUCGGGCGGGGUAAGGAGCUACUCGGGCGGGCCCGGAGAGCAGAUUAGCUGUCCGGACUUUAAGAACGACAUCGAGAACGAAGAUGUGGGCGACGUCCACACGUACAAGAUGUCGUGCCCUCGAGGCAGUGGUGUCUUCGUCAUGGAUCCCCUCACUGCCUGCGUUACCAUGACCAAGGAGUGGAACCUGGACGCGGCCAACAAGCGUCUGGGUGAAGAGACUGUUGUGUGCACCGUCACGGCCACCGACCGCCGUGGACUGACGAGCACCGCCACGUUUAACAUAAAGAUCAAGGAAGAGGACGACAACAAACUCUUCCUGUCGCAGACCUCCUACGUGUACUGCGCGACCGUGGGUUCCACUUCCGAAAGUGGACCCUUCUACGCAUCCGGGACCGGAGAUCUGAUAUACGGGGAUUUGAGCUCAUAUUCAAAAGGCACUAAAUUUGAAACCACCCUCAGAGUUACAGAUUCCGCCGGUCACUACGACGAAUAUUCUGUCACAAUUUUCAUCUGCGACCAACCGCCACCAGCGCCAUCAAAUCCCAACAGCGCCAGCGGCGCAUCGUCGGCGUCGGCAACUUCCGGCGGCAUAGACAACUUCAUGUUUUGGCUGAUUCCGGCGCUGCUCCUUCUGGCGCUCAUGGCGGAGCUGGCCGUGUAUCUCAUUCGGCGAUGCAUCGAAGGCAUCAAAUAA